AGUGCGCACACCGCGGCCGCCGCGCGCACGUAGCUCCACGGUGUUGAUAAACAGGCGGGCGAUAAAACGGCCCCGCGUCGGCCGACACUUAAUUCUCGACGUUCCGACGCGUCGGCGACACACGGGGUAAAACGCAGCAACGACGGCGUCGAUCGUGGAGAAGGUGAGGGAAGGGGCGGCGACGACGGCGGCGGUCCUGGCCGAGGAGCGGCGUCCCCGGGCUCAUGGUGGCAGCGACGACGAGCGCGGCAACGUUGAGGUUAUGGACAACUUCGUGAAAAUCGAGAAGAUAGGGGAGGGCACGUACGGGGUCGUCUACAAAGCCCGGGACAAGCUGACCGGCAAGCUGGUGGCGCUCAAGAAAAUCCGUCUAGAGACGGAAAGGGAAGGCGUUCCGUCUACCGCCAUUCGAGAGAUCUCGUUAUUGAAAGACCUCGCUCAUCCAAACAUCAUACAAUUGUUCGAUGUCGUAGACGGCGACAAACAUCUGUAUCUCGUGUUUGAAUUUCUGCAGCAGGACCUGAAAAAGCUGCUAGACUCCGUUAAGGGGGGCCUAGAACCAGCUCUCGUCAAGAGCUACCUCUGCCAAUUGCUGAAAGCAAUUUCCUUUUGCCACCUCCGUUGUAUAUUGCACAGAGACUUAAAGCCGCAGAAUUUACUGAUAGAUCGGGAAGGUCAUAUAAAGCUGGCCGACUUCGGAUUAGCCAGAAUGAUCGGCGUACCCGUUCGCACUUACACACACGAGGUCGUCACCCUUUGGUAUCGCGCACCAGAAGUUCUCCUGGGAACUAAAUUGUACACUUGUGCGCUGGACAUAUGGAGCCUCGGUUGUAUAUUCGCAGAAAUGGCAACCAGGAGAGCUCUGUUUCCCGGAGACUCCGAAAUAGAUCAGUUGUUUAGAAUAUUUCGCAUGCUCGGCACACCGGAUGAAACGAUCUGGCCGGGGGUGUCGCAGCUUCCGGACUACACGUCCCGAUUCCCAAGAUGGGAGGUGGCUGACAUAGGCGACGUUUUACCCGCUUUCGACGACGAUGCCAAAGACUUACUUUCAAAAAUGCUGACGUACGAUCCUAAUCAGAGGAUAACCGCAAAAAAGGGAUUGACUCAUCCUUAUUUCGCUGGGGUCAAAUUAGUUCCACCUCCACUGCCAAAGAAAAACUGACGUAGAUUUUAUGGUCGAUCGAAUCGCUGUAUUUUUAUAUAUUUUUACAUGAAACUUAAAUGCGAAAUAAUUUUGGAUGGAAAUAACUUAAUACUGCGAGUGUGUUCAAAAGUCUAUAGUCUAAAUAUAUAUAUUUUUACUUGUAUAAAUUAAUUUUUGAUUUGUCAAUGUUAUCUUCCACGCCUUCCUUAAUUCUUCCUCAUUUUCCAUUCAUUGCACAAUGAAUAUGAAUAUAUUCAAUUAUAUUUUUUCAAUAAUUAUAUAUAGAUAUAUUUUUUAUUUAUAUUUUAUAUAUACUUUCAAAAAUUGUGCGUGGCAUUAAGAAGUAUAAAUUAAAUCAUUAUCAAGCUUAUAUAAAAAAUAUCUUUAAAAAAUGCGUGAUUUAUAAUGUCCAACGAAGUAAAACGAUAUAAUCAUUCAUAACAUAGAAUCGUAAAUUCAUUGAUAUUUGAAGAACAUGUUUCCGACACCUAUUAAUCUUCCACAUAUGGAAGAUACGAGGUUGGAAAUUAUGUGUGGAUUUAGUUGGAAAAAUAGGACUUGCGAAGACAAGUCCCUGUUUCGUUUUGUCUCGAAUUUUUAUUUUAUUUUCGAAUCAAUCUUUUCUAUUCGGUUGAAAUUAGAUCUAAAAUAAAAAAAUUUAUUUUUACUUAAGAAUAGCUUCGUCAAUAAAAAGAAGAUAUCUGCUCUAGCAAGUGUAGUUAUGACUUUCCUAUUGUUAUUUUCUCUAAAUUACUAAUUAGUUUGCACUCUUUCUUUUAUGAAAUGAACAGGAUGCUCCAGACUUCGUGGUUCUUUUAUAUUUGUACACGAAUUAAUUAAG